GAAUACAAAAACGUAGCUUUUGCUGUGCGCUAUAAAAAUUUUUUUUUUUAUUAGAAUUGCAACCCUGCGUAAAGUACAUAAAAAUAUUUUUGAGAUUGUGUCAUUUGCUCUUUUUCUGCAUUUUUUUGGCUUUGAUACUUCUUGCUUCUUAUACUUGUUGGUUGUUGUUGUUAUUGUUGCCGAUUUGGAUAAGGUAAAUAAUAUUGUGCGGAUCUCAAUAUUUAUAUUGUGCAAAAUUUGUAUUAAAUACGUAAUGGUCGUCUUUUAAAGUGAAUGUCUGUUUGUUUUAAAUUUGUUUAGACUGAUUAUUUGUAGCAAAUACGUUAUGGGUUCAGUUUUGGCAAAGUUCAGGAAAGAAAAGUCUACGGAGCAGAUAUUGGAAGCAUUGGAAGAAGAAAUCCAACAAAUUGAGAAGUAUACAAUAAAUACACAAGAUCAGAAGCGGCGUUUUGUAUUUAAUUUUUUAACUAUUUCAAUUGGCAUUUAUGUCAUUGCAUUUCUGGUAUUUUACUUUUUGUAUUUUCCGCCGACAUGGAAAGAACGCGUCAUAUACUCAAUACCAUUGCUUCUUUUUCCCCUAGUCAUUAUUUUAUUGCGCAAGCUGUUUACGUGGUAUUUUCAGCGUAAAUUGAAUAAAAAUUCAAAAAAAUUGUCAGAGUUAAGAGACAAGAAAAAAAUAAUAUUAGAGCAAGUUAUGGAUAAAGAGACCUAUAAGGUUGCUUUGGGCUUAUUACAGCGUUUUGGAGAUAAGAUUGGUCCAGCGAAAUAUGCGCUAACUACGACGCCACGUAUUGCUAGUAGCCCAGGGACAAAUCUAAAUCAAACAGGCAAAGGCAUAACUAUGAGUACUCUUACUCAACUCAGUCCUUUAAAUAUGAACUUAUCGGCUACGAACUCAUCAACAACAUUGUCUAAAUAUCAAUCAGGCGGGAAUGUGGCUAAUACAUCUAUACGUGGUAAUUUAUCACCACAAACACCACUUGCUGUGUCAACUUUCCGUCGUACGCCGUUUCCUAUUGUCAACCAACAGAAUAAAAGUGCAUUUGAACGCGUUGUGGAUCUAUUAGUAGGUGAUGGCCCUCAAGAUAGAUUUGGAAUGAUUUGCAAAAAAUGUUACGCUCAUAAUGGUAUGGCGCUUAAGGAAGAAUUUGACUAUGUAACAUUUCGUUGCGCGUUUUGCCAUAGCUUAAAUCCAUCUCGAAAAUCUCGACCAGCAGCACCACGUUUGCAAACACAUCCCAUCGGUAAUUUCAGCAUAAAGAAAACUAGCUCCGAAUCCUCAAGCUCAGAUACUGAAAGCGAAUCUAAGUUUAAAGCACCGACAAUUCAAGUAACUGCUGCAGAAUCCCCGACUGAGAAUUUACCAGACUUAAAUAGUGAAAAACUAAAAGAGGAUCUAAAUAUUGAUGAAGAAAAAGAUGAAAAGACCUCUGAAACAAUUACAGAAACGAAAAAGGAUAAGUGAAUAGACAAUUUUUAUUAAUUUCGGUUAUUAUAUUUUGCCACUUUUAUUUGUUCACUAGUUAUUGUUAUGCGUCUACACAUAAUAUUUUCGCUAGAAAAAUAAUAUAGUGUAACUUAAAGAAAAAAGAAUCCCUCAACGAAUUUGUUAAAUA